CUAUUUCUAAGAAGACUAUCAGAUAUAUCUCUAUAAGCGCUUUCACAAUUCUAUACCAACGUUAGCGUUGUAUUUAAGUAUAUGCUCUACCAACUUCUGCUGUAAAGUAUCCAGCCGGUUUGUCGACGAGUAGCGAAUGAUUAGAGAGUGAUCUAGCUACACUCGUAUAAUUAAAGUUGUGCUCAUUUAUGAACUGACAGAGCAGCAUCUUCUCCCGGUUAUUUAGAGAUUCUGCGAAGCUGCUCAUGGUCGUGAAAGAUAGAAAGAUAGUAGGAAUAAAAUGAAUACAAUAGUGCAUAUAAUGGUAUAUAUCUAUAAAUAUACUCUAGUAGGUAUCUCUCAAACUGACAGCCAGUGAGAACACUCAGAAAGAAAGGGAAACGUAUCCAUAUAUCGGUGUAUAUGAGACGAAUAGAGUAUUAUAUAAAAUUCAAUUAGAUAUUAAAAUGUCAUUUUUCACACUGGUUUAUCCCACUCUCAAUCCAGAAUCUCAGCUAAGGAAAACGCUCAAGACAGAAUAUGGCAACAAUUCAAAAUUUCUCAAAGGAUGACCCAUUCGCCGUCGAUGAAGACUUUGGUGGUGGCAGCGAAUCAGCCAAAAACGUCGGUAACCAACAAAACUACAUCCACAUUAGAAUUCAACAAAGAAAUGGUCGUAAGACUCUCACUACACUCCAAGGUAUUCCAAAAGAAUACGACCUCAAGAAGAUAUUAAAAGCUUUCAAAAAGGAGUUCGCAUGCAAUGGUACUAUUGUUGAUGAUGAGGAACUUGGUCAAGUUAUCCAGCUUCAAGGUGAUCAACGUUUCAAGAUCCAAGAAUUUCUUAUAACAGAGGGUGUACCAAAGGCAACUAUCAAAAUGCAUGGUGCUUAAUAUAGAUAUAUCUUGCAUAACUUCUUUUUUUCAACUUGUAAUCCAUUCAAUCAAGCCAUUGUAGACAUCAACGAAUGAUUUCCCGAAAUGAUCUGCCCCCUUUAUCUCUAUAUAUGACCAUGUAUUUGGGUAUCCUCUCUUGAGAUUGUCACUCCAUUGUCUAUAUCGUUCGACACCUGUAAAUUGAUCAUUUGUACCCCAUAUUGCGAGAUGUUUGUGUGUCUUUAAGUUAUCAUGGAGGGUAUUAUCUAUUUGUGUACCUCUAAAUAGAUUUAGAGCCCAUGAAACUGAUAAAGGAUGUGAUAAUAGCAAAUAUCUCACUUCGCAAUCCAACCAAUCUAAUUCACGUACUCUAGAUGCUAUUAGCGAUCCAGCGCUAUAUCCACCAAUUAUCACCUUAGAUAAACUAUAUUGAGAUAACUGCGUUGAAACAACUUCUUUGAGUAUUGAGGUAUAUUCUUCAACUUCAAUAUCGCCUGUCCAGCUUGUAGAUUUUCUAUCGUAUAAAAUAACGAAGAAACCGACCUGCUUGAACCACCUUGACAUCAUUUUUAGUGGGAAGUCAUUACUAGAUCCACCUAGUGGUUUAUAUGCGUGAGCUAUAACAGCUAGAGAUAUGUUAUCACCAAUUUCUACUUUCCUAUCUGGUUUUAUGAGGCGUAUAUUCAUCCUAAAAUUAAGAUCUAUUGGCUUAUCAAGAUGAGUACAAAGCAAGUGAUGAAGAAUAGAGCAAGUAUAACGGUUGAUGUAAAUAAUGUAAUUCUAGAUAAUAAUGGAAAUUUACCAUCUAAUAGAGCGGUCUGUAUUUGUACAAAUCUCAACAUGCCGUGUAGUAAAACAAUGAUUCCGAAUAUAAUCAACAUUGUUCCCAUAGGUCGAGAGAAAUUACGAGGAUUGUUGAAUCUUGUUGAUUCCGUCCGCGAUUGAUUUGUUCUGGUUUGUAAAGGAGCUUGGUCAAGUUCAGCUUCGAAUGGAUUAGCUUCAUCUUUUGCGUCUAUUGGUUUGAUAGCGAACAAUUGUGUGAUUGCAACUCCAAUAGAAGCAAUAGCUAAGGACGUUUGAACAUAAGUUAACCAUGUUCUCUCAGACGCUAGAUGAUCUCUUGCAACAGUACCAACGUUAUCAAUUUGUAUAGGCCGUAGUCUGUCAAACUUAUCAUUUCUAGUUGAAUCAACUGAAGAACCUUGUUCGCCUUUCAUAGACGUUCC